AUGGACGACGACAAACAACGAGCGCAGGUAACGAAGACCCAAGAAAUCUGGUGCAUGAAUCGUUUGGGGGUGCCGUCGAUUGGUGGAAGGCCGAAGACAGGAAACGGGAAUCGCAGUGAGGCUGCUGUGGCUUCUGUGGGUGUAGCGAGCCCUCGUCUCGUUAAUUUAGUCGAAUUCACAAACACCCCACAUCAAAAUCGGUUGCUGGUAGUGGAAUUCAUGUCCAAUAGAACACUCUACGACACCCUCCAUAUCAGUCAACAGCCGCCGAAUUGGGGGCGGAGAACGCUGCCGCCACUCUCUUUAGCCUCUCGGUGGUGGACGAAAACAAGGUUCGACGAUUGGAGCUGGGUUUACAUUCUUGUGGGUACAGUUGCUAGAGAACAUUCUGGCCCUGCUUUGGCCUUUUCUUUCCUUAUUGCUAGUAUAGCAACUGCUGUCUCUGCCUUUUGUUAUGCUGAGCUUGCAAGUCGCUGCCCUUCAGCUAGAAGUGCCUAUCAUUAUUCCUACAUCUGUGUUGGAGAAGAUCUUGCUUGGAUAAUGGGAUGGGCUUUGAUUUUGGAAUAUACAAUUGGAGGAUCUGCCUCCAAUUCAGUUCCAAAUCAACAACCAAAAAGAACUCAAAUCUGA